AAUAUAUUAAAUGAUAUCAUAACUUAAUCAACAAACACAAUUCUUUUAACUAUCUUAAAAUUAAGGAAAAUGGAAAUGUAGAAGAAAUAGGGAAGGAUAAGGAAAAGAAUAGAAAUACCUGGGGUUUUCGUAGCGACGUGCUCUUGGGUAGGACACAACUUUGGAUCUCCCUCUUAUUUGUGACCCUUUUCUUAUCGUAGACCUUUUGUCUAUUUUUUCUUUACUUCAUCGUCUUUUCUCAAGGUUUUCUGUCCGUAGUCUUUUUCUCUUUUAUCCUUCGGCAACUCGCAGUCUCUGAUUGUCCUUCUUGAGUUCUGGAGCAAACAAAUAAUUUUUAUUUCAUUUGACCAUGUUGUACUCUAUUUUCAGUAAAUAUAUCAGUCUUGUUUAAUUUUUAUAUUUUUUUGAAAAAGUUCCAAAUGAUUUGGAAAACAACAAAUUCAUUAAAUCCCUAUUUAAUAUAAUCUUUUGACUAUUUAAAAAAUUUUCUUUUAUAAAAUUUAUUAUUAUUAAUUUUUUAAUAUAUUAAUUGUGUAUAAUUUUGUAUGUAUUCUUUAGACAAGAGAGCAUUCUUUCUUGUUUCGACUUCUGAUCAGCAUGCAAUUUAUGAAUUUGCUGCUGCUUCUGUAAGUGAAAGAAGGAUAUGGUUAAGACAUAUCACAGAGGCAAUUGACAUGUCCAAGUCAUCAAUUAAUCAAACACAUCUUCCAGAUUAUACAUCACCUCAGAUAAAUAAAUUAGCAUGUCCAGAAAGUAGUUUGGAAGAUAUAGAAACAAAUACAAAUACAGAGUUACCUUCACCAUAUGAUAAAACAUUAGAAAAGAAUACUAAUGAAAAUAAUUCCAAAGAAUCAGAAGAAACAAAACUAUUAGGACCAGAGAAAAAAGAAGAAACAAUUCCCAAAGUACCUCCUCCAUCAGAAAAUGGUGAACCAAAAAAACAAAGACGUUUACAGCGGGUAGAAAUUUUAAAAAUUGCAGAUGGUCCAGAAUUAAUAGCACCUAGUGAAGUAAUUGUGAGGCAAGGAGCUGCAUAUCAAACUGCUGAACCAGUUUUAACACCUAUUGAACAACUGAGACGAAAAGAACAACAAAUUGGUAUUUAUUUGUGA